AAAGAAGAACAACCACAAAAAAAGCAUUAAAUCAGCACACAACAAUGCAUCCUUCACCUGAUGCCUCUUUCCCUACUAGGCAAGAGCUCAUUGAUUAUGCUCAGGGUUAGGGUACCCUACCGACACCUGGUGAACUAUGAGGGUUCCGAUGCAGCCAAGAUUUUAUGGUGGUUAUGGACAGUGAUAGGUGCGUGGGAGUGUCAGGGAUUUCUUUUGUACAUAUUACUCCUGUAAACAAUAGUAUCUUGUCUUAUUUCUGCUCUGAUCUCUUCAAUUUGGGUGAGCGAAGCACGUCCGGGG